GGCACAUGUUUACCUAUGUAACAAACCUGCACAUCCUGCACAUGUAUCCCGGAACUUAAAAUAAAACUUUAAAAAAUCAUCAAUAAUAACAGUGAAAGCAGCUAACGUUUUUGGGUACUUGCUAUGUUCCAGACACUGAGCUAAGCUCCUUACAUGCGUUAUCUCAUUUAAUCUUCUCCAAACUUCCAUAAUGGCAACAGUAUCCUAGUCCUUGUUUUGCAGAUGAGACACUAAGGCACACAGAAGUUAAAUAACUUGCCCAAGAUCACACAGCUAGUGAGUAGUAAGAUUCAAACCCAGAUCCAGACCCUACUGUCAAUCAGUAUACUUUGUGACCACCUAGUGAUGUCACAGGAACCACACUUCCAUCACCUAUUUUAAUGCCGUGAAUGUUCAUCUUAAGAAAUGCACAUUAGACUUGAGGGGAUAAAAAUUCUCAAUGUACUGAAUCUUCUACCUUGGGCCAAUCCUUCUCUUCAAAAUGAGCCUACAUGGGAACCAAUGCUGAAAGUGUAAAGAGACCCCAGACAGGCCUGGCAUCUGUAUGCAUAAGACAGAAAACCAUCUCCCUGCACCCCUACUCCCAGUUAAAAGGCUGGGGGCAUCUUUGAGUCAAUGAAUGGGCUGCUGCAAAGAAUUCUGGGAAUCCCAACCCCUGAGUUCUGCGACUCACAGUCCUGCAAAAGGUGGGUACUAGAAUAGGGAGGUGGGCAUAUAGGCCAAAUACUCUGUUCUGCCUUCCAGGAGGGAAAAAGCAUGCUACCCAGGAAGCCCACAAGGGACAUGUGGCCCGUGGGCAUACCAGGGCUAAAGUGAAGGAUGGACUGCUCUGUGGAAGGAAGGAGUGAAAGUGAACAGGAAGCAUAGAGCCACAUGCAGGACGACUGACAGGAGGGAAGGAGGAAGGCUGGCUUUGGCAGGGAGGGGAGGCAGGAGCAGAGGGAGUCAGAGGAUCGGUUCAGGCAGUGAGAGAGGGCAGCCCCACUCUAUUUCCCAGGCUGCUCUCUGGAUGCAGGCAGGAAGGUUGAGUGUAUUACACUGGCCCCACCUCCAGAGGCUCUCUCUGCAGCUGCUGGACUGGACACAAAGCGUGAGAGACAGAGACACCAUCUCUGCUGAUUUGUACCCAACUCUGGUUCCUGUUGCUGAGAGCCCACGUGUCACAGAAGCCAGAGCAGGGGGCCCACACUGCUGUCUGCAUUUCCCAGGUAUCCUGAGCCAAGCAGAAUACUGCUCCUCAGAGGAGCAAGCAACGGAAGCGCCUGAACAUCAUGGCACAAGUGGACUCCCAGGACAGGUGGGGAGAGGCGUCUCCUCUCAGCAGCUUGACUGAGGAGGCUCAUAACAGCCAGAUGCUGAGCAUGAACUUAGAGAGUGAUGAUGAAGAUGGUGGGGAGGCCAAAAAAGAGGGGCCUGCUGACCCGGUGGCCUGUCCAAGGGGCAGCUCCCCAGUAACAUAUGACAAUCCUGACUUGCCAUGGCCCCAUCCACUGGACAAAGAGGAAGAGAAAUUCUCUGACUCCUCCAGUGCUGGGGGCAUGGGGCAGAAACCAGUGGAAAUGUCUGGGAAAGCCAGCUGGAGCAGAGAUGUGGCAAAGAUCAACGAGACCCAGGGUCCCCCAGGAGCAAGCACAGCUCUGGGUACCCUUCCCAGUGGUCUCGCACACAAAUUAGGUCAGAUGCAACCUCUUGGGGACCGACUACCUGCGGGUGAUGGAGACUCGAGGGCCAACCAGGACACAGUCUUGGCUGUCCCAUCCAGCUUCCCCAGCAAUGGAAAGUAUCUCUGUGCGCACAAAAGUGCAGACACGUCCGCAGAGAACUCUUCUCUGUUGUGUUUCCCCAGGCCAGGGAGCAACUGGGACCUCCCUACGCGAGAGACACACACACCAGCGCAGGCGUCGGCCACCCCAGCCAGCCUGACUGCCGCGGUACUGGCAAAAGCGCGAAUCAGCAGGAAAGUACAGAACCAGGCGGGCGGGCGCGAGGACGGAGAGGCUGAGGCGCGUCCAUACAGGCGCCUGCGGGGUGGGCGAGCCUUCCAGAAGCCCAGCAAGCCGCUGAGCCCCGCUGAGACGCGCGGCGGCGCCAAGCGCUACGCAUGCGAGCUAUGCGGGAAGGCCUACUCCCACCGCGGCACGCUCCAGCAGCACAGGCGCCUGCACACGGGCGAGCGGCCCUACCAAUGCUCCUUCUGCGACAAGGCCUACACCUGGUCCUCCGACCACCGGAAGCACAUCCGCACCCACACAGGCGAGAAACCCUACCCGUGUCCAGACUGCGGGAAGGCCUUCGUGCGCUCCUCGGACCUGCGCAAACACCAGCGCAACAUGCACAGCAACAACAAGCCCUUCCCGUGCUCCGAGUGCGGCCUGACCUUCAACAAGCCGCUGUCGCUGCUGCGCCACCAGCGCACGCACCUGGGCGCCAAGCCCUUCCGCUGCCCCGCCUGCGACCGGGAGUUCGCUGUGGCCAGCCGCAUGGUGGAGCACCAGCGCGUGCACUCGGGCGAGCGGCCCUUCCCCUGCCCCACCUGCGGCAAGUGCUUCACCAAGUCCUCCAACCUGUCCGAGCACCAGACGCUGCACACCGGCCAGAGACCCUUCAAGUGCGCUGACUGCGGCGUGGCUUUCGCGCAGCCCUCGCGCCUCGUGCGCCACCAGCGCAUCCACACUGGCGAGAGGCCCUUUCCUUGCACGCAGUGUGGCCAGGCCUUUGCCCGCUCUUCGACCCUGAAGCGGCACCAACAGAUCCACUCCGGAGAGAAGGGAUUCCUCUGUGCAGAGUGCGGCAGGGCCUUCCGCAUUGCCUCUGAGUUGGCCCAGCACAUACGAAUGCACAACGGAGAGAGGCCCUACCAGUGUAAGGACUGCGGCCAGGCCUUCACCCGAUCCAAUCACCUCCAACGACACCGAGCCAAGCACCGCACCUGCAAGAAGGAACCCAUCCCUUCCUCUGAUGAGUGAAGACAGCAUCGUCGUCGACCUCACUACUUGGAACCUUCCCAGGUGGACCCACUCACAUGGUAUUGCCAGCCUCACUGGUCAGCCUUGCCUCCCAGUAGGUCGCGGGUCAUGAGUGGUCCAUUUGAUUAUAUAUUUGAUCCCUUGAACAGAAAGUCAUCACCGAGAGAGCACCUAGGUGUGUGGUUUCACAUCGGUGGUUCUGAGUGUCCGAGGUCAUAAACAAUUGGAAAAGGGAAAGACAGAGUAGUGAGAGCUGAUCAAACGUUGAGUUCCUGGGGUUGGGGAACCUGAAUCAAUCAGAAACUGCUUCUAGAAUUACAUGCUGGGCAUUGGGCAGGGCUCCAGGGAUAAGGUGGGGAAAAAAGACUAACCUGUCCUACCCUCAAAGCCAUAUGCAAAUACUGAAAAGAAGGAAUGAAGGACUAGUACUCUUUAGAGAAAGAUGCUUUUUGUUUUUUACGUAAAGGAAUCCCCAGAAGUGGUCCCUAUGAUGAACUCCCCCAAAGCAAUGCCUUUGUGGGAGGGACUCAAACCCAGUCCAACAUCCCAUCAUUUCACUUGACUGCAGAAAUGGCUUUACCCUUAGGAUAUUUCUUUAUGAGUCCUGGCUUUCAAGUAGAGAAGGGCUUUAUCUUAGAGAAGGUGGUUUAUGUCCUAUUCCAGUUAUUCUGGAAGUUCGGGACAGCCUUAGCAUCUGAAAAAGAAGCACAUUCCUCUUUAUAGUGGAAUUUAGUACGUAGAUCUAACCCGAGUCUCACCCACAAAAUUCAUAUGUGCCUUCUCUCUGGCUGCCUUUUUUCCUGUUUGCACUCUGAGGGCUUAAGUCAUAUUUACAAAGCAAUUGGCCCAUUUACAGAGAGACAUCUAUAAUUUCUCCACAAAGCCUUGACCAUGGUUCUUGAAACCUUUUGGGUUCUUUUACAUUUGUCUGAAUCAUUAGCCUUGACUUGAAGUGAAUAAAACACCCUUUGCCCAAGUGCCAUUGGCUUGUCUGCAUUUCAAAAUCUUUAAAACCAGGUAUGAAAGCCUACAUGACUCACAGUUACCUAAUGAGGUUAUUUCAAAGUUUGCAUUACUAACAGCCAUUCUUCAAAGUGUAUUAAUGCAUAUAGUGAUCUGUAUAAAGUCAGUAGUUCUUAGCUGAACCUCAACUGUGAGGAAUCUAUGACUCCACAGAUGUCCUUGGUGCACGUAGGCAAACGGCACUUCUUAUCUUACCGAAGUUAAAUAAGAUAUUCCAUAAGAAGGUAUAGUGCCCUUCUGGGGGGAGUACCUUCAGUAUAUUCCUAAAAUUGCCACCAAAGAAUGCCAAAUCUGAAUUUCUCUUGGGUUCCACCUGAUUUGGACCUAGGGUGUGACCUCUAAAUAUCAUUCUCAUGAUACAUGGGGGCACGAAAGAGAAGUAAGAGAGAGAGAGAGAGCUAGACAGCUAGAUAACUAGAUAGUCUUGUGUCUUGUUUGACCAAGGUAACCUUAAUGAAAGGGUCGGUUCCACCCUUUACUGUUGAUGUGACCUUGGGCUUCAGCUUCUGCAUCUGCGUAGGCAAAAUAGAAGUGAUAAUAGUAGGUAAGGAUCACUCUAUGAUGGAAACUUUGGCUGAAUGCAAGAUGAACUUGUGACUAUCAAAAGAGCAAAAGCUAACUUUUUUUUCUAGAUAAUCAAUACAGUAUUUGAAGACUGAA